AUGCGCCAUAAAGGGAAUGAGUCUGCGACUGCCGCAGCUGCUCGACACGAGUUCCUUGACGACCACGACAGUCAGUCCGGCCACCUACAAAACAUUGCACGAGCACGGUCCCUUAUAAUAUCUCUGGCUACACAGACCGCAAAAUCAAAACACGGUGCUGAAGAAGAGUACGCCAGUCGGGCAGCUGAGUUCGUUGACCAGUUUUUGGGUCCUGCUGGACUGACGCAAGAUGUGGCACGCAUGAUGACGACCGCACGGCAGGCCAUGGGAAACGGUGUCCAAGGUGUUGAAGAAGGCAACUGGGCGGCGACAAACGAUGACUUCCUGGAAGGUGACAUGGGAGCCCUUCUGAGCCUGCUCGGUGACCUGGAGGCACUGAUUGAGUCGAAAAUUGCUUGCGUCGCUCUCGGCAAAGACUUCUUCAAGUACGUCUUGGUGCCGCUCCAACUUGCAGGACCCGUAGCCAGCAUGCUUCUUGACAAGAAGCCGUUGCUGUUGAAGGCAUUUGCGUUGAAGGCUCUCCUGCUGAAGCCUGAACUUUUGCUCAAGCCAGAUGCUCUGUUCCGACCCGACCUCCUCUUCAAGCCAGGGCUUCUUCCCGGUAUGGGAGACUUGGAGCUGAAGAAGCUGCUCCUGGCUGCUGUCCUGGCGCCGAAAUUGAUCGCGGGUCUGAAGCCGAAGUUUGGCGCACCUGUGGGGAACAUCCCGCUGCUGCUGAUCGAGAAACUGAUGACAAUGGACCCUGGCCAGCUUCUGAUGCUCCUCUCAAGUUUGUCCGGUGGAGGCCUUGACGGAUUGAUGGGGGCUAUGGGCACUGAUGGAGUGACGGCACAAGGUGCCGAGUCCACAUCCUGGGAGUCCAUCGACUCUCCGGUGGCGUCUGACGUCGCAGCUGCGGGUGCGGAGGAGGAUGCGCGGUCAGUGAUUAUAAGGUUUGCGAGAGAAGUGGGAAAGCAGGAAGGCGCUGAAGAAGAGUACGCCAGUCGGGCAGCUGAGUUCGUUGACCAGUUUCUGGGUCCUGCUGGACUGACGCAAGAUGUGGCACGCAUGAUGACGACCGCACGGCAGGCCAUGGGAAACGGUGUCCAAGGUGUUGAAGAAGGCAACUGGGCGGCGACAAACGAUGACUUCCUGGAAGGUGACAUGGGAGCCCUUCUGAGCCUGCUCGGUGACCUGGAGGCACUGAUUGAGUCGAAAAUUGCUUGCGUCGCUCUCGGCAAAGACUUCUUCAAGUACGUCUUGGUGCCGCUCCAACUUGCAGGACCCGUAGCCAGCAUGCUUCUUGACAAGAAGCCGUUGCUGUUGAAGGCAUUUGCGUUGAAGGCUCUCCUGCUGAAGCCUGAACUUUUGCUCAAGCCAGAUGCUCUGUUCCGACCCGACCUCCUCUUCAAGCCAGGGCUUCUUCCCGGUAUGGGAGACUUGGAGCUGAAGAAGCUGCUCCUGGCUGCUGUCCUGGCGCCGAAAUUGAUCGCGGGUCUGAAGCCGAAGUUUGGCGCACCUGUGGGGAACAUCCCGCUGCUGCUGAUCGAGAAACUGAUGACAAUGGACCCUGGCCAGCUUCUGAUGCUCCUCUCAAGUUUGUCCGGUGGAGGCCUUGACGGAUUGAUGGGGGCUAUGGGCACUGAUGGAGUGACGGCACAAGGUGCCGAGUCCACAUCCUGGGAGUCCAUCGACUCUCCGGUGGCGUCUGACGUCGCAGCUGCGGGUGCGGAGGAGGAUGCGCGGUCAGUGAUUAUAAGGUUUGCGAGAGAAGUGGGAAAGCAGGAAGGCGCUGAAGAAGAGUACGCCAGUCGGGCAGCUGAGUUCGUUGACCAGUUUCUGGGUCCUGCUGGACUGACGCAAGAUGUGGCACGCAUGAUGAUGACCGCACGGCAGGCCAUGGGAAACGGUGUCCAAGGUGUUGAAGAAGGCAACUGGGCGGCGACAAACGAUGACUUCCUGGAAGGUGACAUGGGAGCCCUUCUGAGCCUGCUCGGUGACCUGGAGGCACUGAUUGAGUCGAAAAUUGCUUGCGUCGCUCUCGGCAAAGACUUCUUCAAGUACGUCUUGGUGCCGCUCCAGCUCGCAGGACCCGUAGCCAGCAUGCUUCUUGACAAGAAGCCGUUGCUGUUGAAGGCAUUUGCGUUGAAGGCUCUCCUGCUGAAGCCUGAACUUUUGCUCAAGCCAGAUGCUCUGUUCCGACCCGACCUCCUCUUCAAGCCAGGGCUUCUUCCCGGUAUGGGAGACUUGGAGCUGAAGAAGCUGCUCCUGGCUGCUGUCCUGGCGCCGAAAUUGAUCGCGGGUCUGAAGCCGAAGUUUGGCGCACCUGUGGGGAACAUCCCGCAGCUGCUGAUCGAGAAACUGAUGACAAUGGACCCUGGCCAGCUUCUGAUGCUCCUCUCAAGUUUGUCCGGUGGAGGCCUUGACGGAUUGAUGGGGGCUAUGGGCACUGAUGGAGUGAAGGCACAAGGUGCCGAGUCCACAUCCUGGGAGUCCAUCGACUCUCCGGUGGCGUCUGACGUCGCAGCUGCGGGUGCGGAGGAGGAUGCGCGGUCAGUGAUUAUAAGGUUUGCGAGAGAAGUGGGAAAGCAGGAAGGCGCUGAAGAAGAGUACGCCAGUCGGGCAGCUGAGUUCGUUGACCAGUUUCUGGGUCCUGCUGGACUGACGCAAGAUGUGGCACGCAUGAUGACGACCGCACGGCAGGCCAUGGGAAACGGUGUCCAAGGUGUUGAAGAAGGCAACUGGGCGGCGACAAACGAUGACUUCCUGGAAGGUGACAUGGGAGCCCUUCUGAGCCUGCUCGGUGACCUGGAGGCACUGAUUGAGUCGAAAAUUGCUUGCGUCGCUCUCGGCAAAGACUUCUUCAAGUACGUCUUGGUGCCGCUCCAGCUCGCAGGACCCGUAGCCAGCAUGCUUCUUGACAAGAAGCCGUUGCUGUUGAAGGCAUUUGCGUUGAAGGCUCUCCUGCUGAAGCCUGAACUUUUGCUCAAGCCAGAUGCUCUGUUCCGACCCGACCUCCUCUUCAAGCCAGGGCUUCUUCCCGGUAUGGGAGACUUGGAGCUGAAGAAGCUGCUCCUGGCUGCCUUCCUGGCGCCGAAAUUGAUCGCGGGUCUGAAGCCGAAGCUUGGCGCACCUGUGGGGAACAUCCCGCUGCUGCUGAUCGAGAAACUGAUGACAAUGGACCCUGGCCAGCUUCUGAUGCUCCUCUCAAGUUUGUCCGGUGGAGGCCUUGACGGAUUGGUGGGGGCUAUGGGCACUGAUGGAGUGACGGCACAAGGUGCCGAGUCCACAUCCUGGGAGUCCAUCGACUCUCCGGUGGCGUCUGACGUCGCAGCUGCGGGUGCGGAGGAGGAUGCGCGGUCAGUGAUUAUAAGGUUUGCGAGAGAAGUGGGAAAGCAGGAAGGCGCUGAAGAAGAGUACGCCAGUCGGGCAGCUGAGUUCGUUGACCAGUUUCUGGGUCCUGCUGGACUGACGCAAGAUGUGGCACGCAUGAUGACGACCGCACGGCAGGCCAUGGGAAACGGUGUCCAAGGUGUUGAAGAAGGCAACUGGGCGGCGACAAACGAUGACUUCCUGGAAGGUGACAUGGGAGCCCUUCUGAGCCUGCUCGGUGACCUGGAGGCACUGAUUGAGUCGAAAAUUGCUUGCGUCGCUCUCGGCAAAGACUUCUUCAAGUACGUCUUGGUGCCGCUCCAGCUCGCAGGACCCGUAGCCAGCAUGCUUCUUGACAAGAAGCCGUUGCUGUUGAAGGCAUUUGCGUUGAAGGCUCUCCUGCUGAAGCCUGAACUUUUGCUCAAGCCAGAUGCUCUGUUCCGACCCGACCUCCUCUUCAAGCCAGGGCUUCUUCCCGGUAUGGGAGACUUGGAGCUGAAGAAGCUGCUCCUGGCUGCUGUCCUGGCGCCGAAAUUGAUCGCGGGUCUGAAGCCGAAGUUUGGCGCACCUGUGGGGAACAUCCCGCUGCUGCUGAUCGAGAAACUGAUGACAAUGGACCCUGGCCAGCUUCUGAUGCUCCUCUCAAGUUUGUCCGGUGGAGGCCUUGACGGAUUGGUGGGGGCUAUGGACACUGAUGGAGUGACGGCACAAGGUGCCGAGUCCACAUCCUGGGAGUCCAUCGACUCUCCGGUGGCGUCUGACGUCGCAGCUGCGGGUGCGGAGGAGGAUGCGCGGUCAGUGAUUAUAAGGUUUGCGAGAGAAGUGGGAAAGCAGGAAGGCGCUGAAGAAGAGUACGCCAGUCGGGCAGCUGAGUUCGUUGACCAGUUUCUGGGUCCUGCUGGACUGACGCAAGAUGUGGCACGCAUGAUGACGACCGCACGGCAGGCCAUGGGAAACGGUGUCCAAGGUGUUGAAGAAGGCAACUGGGCGGCGACAAACGAUGACUUCCUGGAAGGUGACAUGGGAGCCCUUCUGAGCCUGCUCGGUGACCUGGAGGCACUGAUUGAGUCGAAAAUUGCUUGCGUCGCUCUCGGCAAAGACUUCUUCAAGUACGUCUUGGUGCCGCUCCAGCUCGCAGGACCCGUAGCCAGCAUGCUUCUUGACAAGAAGCCGUUGCUGUUGAAGGCAUUUGCGUUGAAGGCUCUCCUGCUGAAGCCUGAACUUUUGCUCAAGCCAGAUGCUCUGUUCCGACCCGACCUCCUCUUCAAGCCAGGGCUUCUUCCCGGUAUGGGAGACUUGGAGCUGAAGAAGCUGCUCCUGGCUGCUGUCCUGGCGCCGAAAUUGAUCGCGGGUCUGAAGCCGAAGUUUGGCGCACCUGUGGGGAACAUCCCGCUGCUGCUGAUCGAGAAACUGAUGACAAUGGACCCUGGCCAGCUUCUGAUGCUCCUCUCAAGUUUGUCCGGUGGAGGCCUUGACGGAUUGGUGGGGGCUAUGGACACUGAUGGAGUGACGGCACAAGGUGCCGAGUCCACAUCCUGGGAGUCCAUCGACUCUCCGGUGGCGUCUGACGUCGCAGCUGCGGGUGAGGAGGAGGAUGCGCGGUCAGUGAUUAUAAGGUUUGCGAGAGAAGUGGGAAAGCAGGAAGGCGCUGAAGAAGAGUACGCCAGUCGGGCAGCUGAGUUCGUUGACCAGUUUCUGGGUCCUGCUGGACUGACGCAAGAUGUGGCACGCAUGAUGACGACCGCACGGCAGGCCAUGGGAAACGGUGUCCAAGGUAUUGAAGAAGGCAACUGGGCGGCGACAAACGAUGACUUCCUGGAAGGUGACAUGGGAGCCCUUCUGAGCCUGCUCGGUGACCUGGAGGCACUGAUUGAGUCGAAAAUUGCUUGCGUCGCUCUCGGCAAAGACUUCUUCAAGUACGUCUUGGUGCCGCUCCAACUUGCAGGACCCGUAGCCAGCAUGCUUCUUGACAAGAAGCCGUUGCUGUUGAAGGCAUUUGCGUUGAAGGCUCUCCUGCUGAAGCCUGAACUUUUGCUCAAGCCCGAUGCUCUGUUCCGACCCGACCUCCUCUUCAAGCCAGGGCUUCUUCCCGGUAUGGGAGACUUGGAGCUGAAGAAGCUGCUCCUGGCUGCUGUCCUGGCGCCGAAAUUGAUCGCGGGUCUGAAGCCGAACUUCGGCGCAUCUGGACGCUUAGGUGAUUAUGGAUACGGAUUGUCGCAGCUGUUGGGGAGUGGCCCUGGACUGAAGGCGUAUGAGUGGCUGGCCCUGUUAUUGGCUGACCCGCGAGCCUUCAAUGUCCUGUUGUCCCUGUGCGUGGAAUUUCUGGUAAUGCAUGAUGCUGGUCCUGAGCAGCUGCUCGGUACCGCUGAAGAGAGGAUAGACGCCCUUGAGUCUGCUGUCAGGGCCGUAGGACUGCAGCUGAAUGACGAGGAAGCUGAGGCUCGGUUUCAGAUCAUCAGCUUUGCUGGUGAGGUCGGCAACAUUAGAGGAGCACCCGAGGAGUAUGUCAGGAUUGCAGCAGCCUUCGUUGACCGCUUCCUUGCCCCGGCUGGCCUCCUCAAGGAGGUGGCCGCGUUAAUCCGCCAAGCGAGGAAGGAGGCGCCAGACAGUAUCGCGGUGGCGUCAGCCCAAACGUUACUCGACUCAAAACUCUUCGACGGAGUCUCGAUUCUCUUCUGA